CUUGGGAGGAAAAACAUGUUCUCUGUCCUAAGCCAAAUCCCUUUGUCUUGGCUCCCUUCCUUUCUUCUCCCUUUCUUCCCUUCCGCCAUCCUUGCCUCUCCUUAUUGUGGCUCCUAUUCAGUAGUAUUGCAUUUGGAUGCAUCCUUGACCGACUCCUUUAACCUCCUCAGCUCUAGCAAAGUUUGUAGACUUUGGCUCCUCCUCCAGUCCAGGUCCGCUCCUAUUCCCCGCCCUCUAGUGCCUCACUGCUACUUCUGUUCCCGCCCCUUCCCCUGUGCGUCACCACAUCUCCACCCGCGGGGUUUGGAACGGACCAAUAAGAAAGCGUUUUCCGGCCCCGUUGUCCCGCCCCCCACGCCAAUUCCGCGCCUUAUUUCUCCUCCUCCUCUUCCACUCCGCCCCCUUCUCGCACGCUCGCCCUGCGGACCUCCGGGGUUCCGAGGAUCGGGCGCUAUGAAAAGUGUUUCCCCUGUCGCUGCCGGUUUCUCAUCCCCCAACCCCCCAGCUGCUGCUGCUGCUUCUUCCCAGGAGGUCAGAUCUGCCACUGAUGGUCAUAACAGCACUAGCCCUACAUCGGCCGCUGCCUCCUGCUCCAAGAAGAGAAAGUUGAACAGCAGCAGCAGCAGCAACAGCAGCAGUAUUAGCAGUAGCAGCAGCAGCAGCAAUAGCAGCAGCAGUAGCAGCAGCUGCAGCAGCAACGAAAAAGAAGACUUUGAUCCCGUCCCUUCUUCCUGCUCCUCCCCUCCCCCGCCCCUUCCCAAGAACUCCUCGACAUCCUCUUCCACCACCUCCUACCCAGGGAUUUCAUUUGCCACCCCCAACCAUCACCACCUCCAGAAGAAGCUGCGUUUUGAGGACUCUCUGGAUUUUAUAGGACUUGAUGUGAAGAUGGCCGAAGAAUCGGCAUCUUCUUCUUCACCUGGUCUUGCUGUAUCUCAGCAGCAGCAGCAAUUUAAAAACAAAAGCUUAUUAAUCUCCACCGUGGCUGCAGGACACCAUGCAAACGGGCUGACCAAAGCCCCCACUACCAUCUCUAGCUUCACCAACAGCAAGCCAGGUUCAGCCAAGAAACUGGUGAUCAAGAACUUUAAAGAAAAACCGAAAUUGCCAGAAAAUUAUACAGAUGAAACUUGGCAGAAAUUGAAAGAGGCAGUAGAAGCCAUUCAGAAGAGUACUUCAAUUAAGUACAAUUUAGAAGAACUCUAUCAGGCUGUUGAAAACCUCUGUUCCUACAAGAUCUCUGCAAACUUAUACAAACAACUGAGACAGAUAUGUGAAGAGCACAUCAGAUUCCAAAUCUUCCAGUUCAGAGAGGGUUCAUUGGACAGUGUUCUGUUUCUAAAGAAGAUAGAUAAAUGCUGGCAAAAUCACUGCAGACAAAUGAUCAUGAUUAGGAGCAUUUUUUUGUUUCUGGAUCGAACAUAUGUUCUUCAGAAUUCAAUGCUGCCUUCCAUUUGGGACAUGGGUCUGGAAUUAUUCAGAACCCAUAUAAUUAGUGAUCAGAAAGUCCAGAACAAGACUAUUGAAGGCAUUCUCCUUUUAAUUGAGAGGGAAAGAACUGGUGAAGCAAUUGAUAGAAGUUUGCUUCGAAGCCUUCUGAGUAUGCUUUCAGAUUUGCAGAUUUAUCAAGAUUCUUUUGAACAAAAAUUUUUAGAAGAAACCAACCGACUGUAUUCAGCAGAGGGUCAGCGUUUAAUGCAAGAAAGAGAGCAGGUUCCUGAAUACCUUCAUCAUGUCAACAGACGUCUAGAAGAAGAAGCAGAUAGACUGAUCACCUAUCUAGACCUGAGCACCCAGAAGCCACUAAUUGCUACUGUAGAAAAGCAACUUCUAGGUGAACACUUAACAGCCAUUCUUCAGAAAGGUUUAAAUCACCUUCUGGAUGAAAAUCGGAUUCAAGAUUUGUCUCUACUCUAUCAGCUGUUUACUAGGGUACGCAGUGGAGUUCAGGUUCUCUUGCAGCACUGGAUCGAAUACAUCAAGGCAUUUGGCAGCACUAUUGUCAUUAAUCCUGAAAAGGACAAGACCAUGGUACAGGAAUUGCUGGAUUUUAAAGAUAAAGUUGACCAUAUUAUUGAUAUCUGCUUUAUGAAAAAUGAAAAGUUUGUCAAUGCCAUGAAAGAAGCAUUUGAAACCUUCAUUAACAAAAGACCAAACAAACCGGCUGAACUCAUAGCAAAGUAUGUGGAUUCAAAGCUCCGUGCAGGUAACAAAGAAGCUACCGAUGAAGAACUUGAGAAAAUGUUGGACAAGAUCAUGAUUAUAUUUCGUUUCAUUUAUGGGAAAGAUGUCUUUGAAGCCUUUUAUAAGAAGGAUUUAGCCAAGAGACUAUUGGUUGGAAAGAGUGCAUCGGUAGAUGCUGAAAAAUCAAUGCUUUCCAAACUCAAGCAUGAAUGUGGAGCUGCGUUCACCAGCAAACUGGAGGGGAUGUUCAAAGACAUGGAACUAUCAAAAGACAUUAUGGUUCAGUUCAAACAGUAUAUACAAAACCAAAAUUUUCCUGGUAGCAUCGAACUAACCGUGAAUAUCUUGACAAUGGGUUAUUGGCCAACCUAUGUGCCUAUGGAAGUUCAUUUACCAGCUGAGAUGGUAAGACUUCAGGAGAUUUUCAAGACUUUUUACUUGGGUAAACACAGUGGGAGGAAGCUUCAGUGGCAGUCAACACUAGGACAUUGUGUACUAAAAGCAGAAUUUAAAGAGGGGAAAAAGGAACUCCAGGUCUCUCUUUUCCAAACACUGGUGCUGCUAAUGUUUAAUGAAAAUGAAGAGUUCAGUUUAGAAGAUAUCAGGCAUGCUACUGGAAUAGAGGAUGGAGAAUUAAGGAGAACACUGCAGUCAUUAGCCUGUGGCAAAGCUAGAGUUCUGGCUAAAAAUCCCAAGGGCAAAGAUGUGGAAGAUGGCGAUAAAUUUAUUUGCAAUGAUGACUUCAGACACAAGCUCUUCAGGAUAAAAAUCAAUCAGAUUCAGAUGAAAGAAACGGUAGAGGAACAAGCAAGCACUACAGAAAGGGUCUUUCAGGACCGACAGUAUCAAAUCGAUGCUGCAAUUGUGAGAAUUAUGAAGAUGAGAAAGGCCCUUGGUCAUAAUCUGCUGGUCUCAGAAGUGUAUAACCAGUUGAAGUUCCCAGUGAAGCCUGCUGAUCUGAAGAAGAGAAUAGAAUCCUUAAUCGACAGGGACUACAUGGAAAGAGAUAAAGAAAACCCAAACCAGUACAACUAUAUCGCCUAAAAUGUGUGCUUUUCAGCACUUGGUAUAGCAUACCCAGUUGCCAGUGGAUUAGCCUGUUGUUCCAAUUAAUUGACUUCUUUUCUACUAUCUGACUGAACGAAUGAAAGCCAUUUCAUGGAAAAGUAUAGCAAAAUGGACCUUCUCAGUAAUUGAUAAGCCCAUUUAAAGAGCACGGUUUACAUUUAAGAAGAAUGCUGUUGAACUCUUUGCUUGCAUGUUUAGUUGAUGGCAACAAAUUCUUAACAAUUUGAUCUUUCAUGCUUUCACUUGAUUUGGGUCUGUGAAGGGACCCUGUGGUUGAUUGGGGGGAGGGGGGAGGAAUGCGUGGAUUCUUUUAUGCACUAUGACUAGGAGGCAAUAUGCAAGUUGUGUACAGGAGACUUUACCCAGGAUGCUUAUACUGCAUGCAGACAUGACAUAGCGUACAGAAUCCUGGAGGGAUUUAUCAGAUAGAAAAACCACCCUGAGCUUUGGUUACUCUCUUAGGUUUUGUGCUUUCCCUUGAAAAGAAAACUUAAGUGGUCAAGUGUAUUGACAUUUGCUACAUAAUGUUCUACUUCACCAAAAGGAUGUUUUAAAAACAAAUCUUGCCCAGAAAAAGAAAAAAAAAACAUCUUUUAAGUUUUAAUAGGCUCUCAUGAAACUAUGAGUGACCUUUACCCUUCACCCAGCUGUGCUGACCCUCCUACCACAGUACAGGUCUCUUUUUUGGGCUAAGGUUUCUGAAAACAUCCCAGAUCUCCAUUUGAAAUCAAACUUAUUUUUUCCAUUUCUUAUUCUAAUUCCUGAAAAGUCAUAGAUAGAAAAUCCAUCAGAAUCUGGGGAUUUUUCAAGGAGGGGAUGUGCUGGUUCUUCUCUGCCUCUUUGAAUCACUAGCCAUGUUAAGAGUUGACACACAGCCACAAGACAGAGAUGCCACCUACUGUGCAAGAGAAUGUCCCAGGCUAUGAUGACUGACUGACCACAGAAAAGGGGGUAUCAAGAAAUGAUUGAGUUUCAAAAUUGGGAGGAGUCUGGAGAAUAAAAAGGCUGCUUUUCUCCCCCUAUUCAUCAUACAUGUUGGUGAGAUUUAUGCUCGAGCCUGGAAUGCAUUAAAUCCACCUCACAGUGCAAGCAGGAAAUAAGUGGCCUUUAAGAAAUCCAAACUAGCAGAAUAUUUUGUAACAUUGCACCCACGUCACCACCAUUUUGAAGCCACGAGGAAGGAAAGAUGUUGAUCCUAACCUUCAGCCAAGUAGCCUUUGCUUUUUCUAUUUGCCAAUUACAUUUCCUUAUACCCUUCCUCUUUAGUGGCCUUCUGUAGCAAGCUCUAGGAAACAUUCCUCUCAUUGCACCUUUUCAUGUGAGUGCGAUUAUCUAACAAAAAGUUGCAUUUCCAAGCCUUUGGAACCUUCCUUUCUUAAGCAGCAGCUUUUCUAGGUCCUAAACCUUAGUUCCUUCUCUCCUUUCUUGCCCAAUACUCAGCUGACAAGGAAAUUGCUGCCAGGUGGCUCCACCCUCAUCCCUCACUAAACUCUCUCCCAGAUGGGCUUGGCCUUCCCAGGAGCCUUACCUACUGUUCAAAUGGUAGGUAGAAAUCGGCUCCCUCCACAGAGAGAUUUCUUCCCCUACAAAACCAUCCUUUUUUAACCAGAGGCUACAUAAUUGAAAUGAGUGAUUCCUCAGAAAACUAUUAUUAAUUAUAUGAAGCAUUAUUAUAUGAAAUUAUGUGAACCUUUUUUUUAGAGCUGUUCUUUCUAAGUCAGGUAAGUUCCGGGUCACUGUUCUCCUCCCUCUGUCUCUUUAUUUUUCUCCAAUAAAAACUUUUUUUUAAAAAGUUGUUUCUGAAGAAGGGAUCUUUAAAAUUAUCAAGUAUUGGCUUUCAUAUCCCUACUUUAAAGAAUUUUGUGAUUUGCCACCACUAGCCUAUUUAAAGAGGAAAACCUACAUAUAUCCAAGUAGUACUUUUUGAUCUUGCCACGUACCCAUCUCAAAUGAGAGUUGGAGCAUUAUGGGUAAUCUGGCCAACAAACAAAGCAUACCCUGGGAAAACCAGGCUAGGUCUCCAGAGGAGAGGGAGGAGACUUUUCUGUCCCUGUCCUUCUUGGGUCCUGUGUGUCUUGCCUGAUUCUUCUGAAAUUCCUGUAGCUUGGGCAUCAGUCCUCUUCUUUUGUGAGCUCCUUUGGGAGAUUCUCAAGCCAGGCUGUGAUCAUGCCAGUCUCAGGGCACCCAGGCCAGCUCCACAACUGACACAUCUGUGUUAGCAUCUAGCCAUAGAUUACAAAGAGAAUACCUCUUGCAUGCAAUUCACAGCAGCCAAGUUCAUAAGAAAUUACAUUUUAUUCUAUUUAUCUGUAGCUUAAAGAUUUUAAAUAUAUAUAUAAAUAUAUAUGUGUAUGUGUGGAUACACAUACACACAUAUAUACACACACCCAUAAACUUUGCCUUUCACUUUUUAUUCAAUUCCAUUUUGGAUAGUUUAAAAAAAUGACCACUCUUGAAUAACACAUUUACAGAAAUGUGAUAAACAUAUUCUGUUCACUGGUUUACAUGGAUGUGCCAAAGCCCAUCAUUUAUGAGAAAACAAGGCCGUAGCAAAUGAGUACCCGCAUACCUUGAUGGAGUUUUCAUUUGUGUUCUGCUGGUCCUUGUGAGAUUCCUUUUUUGUUCAGUCCCUAGACUAUCAACAUUGUUUUUCCAUUAAACUGCGGUUUCACUUGUCCAUCCAGGAACAUCGAAUUGGACACUUGAUUCAUUGUUUGGUGUUUUUUUUGGAUGUUUUAGUUCCAAGAGUACAGCAGCAUUCCAUCACAAAUGUAAUAGAUUUUUGUAGAACAGCUCUUCACGAGUUGUGUCUGAAAUAUGUGUGUGGGGAGGGGGUGGAACAAAACUAACCUAGGAAGCCUUUCAGACAUAGCUUGGCUGAGAGAAUGCAACAGCGAGAGUGUGUAUUCUUGGAGCACCGAGUCCACGAUAGGCGGCUCGUGACUUGCUUUUCCCCAUAAGCAUACACGAAAUCUUGGCAAUGUUUCCGAACAGGUUCACCGUGGGUACCAAGGCUUUCCGAAGUUGGUAAAUACUGUAAAUACAUGUCCUUUCAAAGAGUGCGUCUUUGGGUAUUUUGUGUUCUUUAUUAAAAAGUUUCGUGUUGAUUAA